GCCGGCGGGCGGCACUUCCGGUGCCCACGCGCCGCCGCCUCCUCCGCCGUCGCGCAGCUCGCGGCCGUCACUUUGUGUAGUGCGGGGGGGUCCCCGGUGGUCACAGCCCCCGCCCCCGAGUCCGUGUCUCGCUCCGGCUUGGCCGGGCCCCGGGCGCGCGCGCGGAGGGGGCCUGAGAGCUUGCUGACUGUUGGUACUCUCUCCUUUCCCCUGAAGACAGGAAGCAGGAUACUGCUCCAGCCCAUCACCCUACCUCACCCCCACCCCUCCUAGCUGCAAAGGUGCCAGUGGUCUGACAGAGCUUGGGCCUGACCUGGCUCAUGUCUGCUGGGAGCUGGGCCACAGAGAGGCUCUCUCCUAGGGACGAUGGCCGCCCUUCACACUACUCCAGACUCCCCAGCUGCCCAGCCGGAGCCUGCAAAAGAUGGUUCAGAAUGUGAUGCUGACCCUGAGGAGGAGGAGGAGGGGAGAGGGAGAGAGGAGGCAGAGGUGUCAGUGGAAGUGGCCACACGGGUGCAGGAUGCAGAGGCCAACUCAGAGGACAGUGAUGAUGGUGACGGUGUGGAGGAGGUGCUGGAAGAGGAACAGAGUCUGAGCGUGGGGACCCAGGCACAGCUUAGCAGUGGUGGAGGUGUCAAGUCGCCAGUUCUUCAAGGAAAAGAACUGCAGGCCUCCCGGGCAUCUCCUGCUAUUCAGGAUGAGGAUCUGGAGGAAGAGGAAGAAGAGGAAGAUGAUGAGAAUUUCCUGACUCAGGGGCUAGUGACUUUUGAAGAUGUGGCUGUGUACUUCUCUUUGGAGGAGUGGGAGAGACUGGAUGUGGACCAGCGGGACCUCUAUCGGGAAGUAAUGCAGGAGAACUAUGGGAUCCUGGUCUCCUUGGGAUACCCAAUCCCUAAGCCGGAUCUGAUCUUCCACCUGGAACAAGGAGAAGACCCUUGGGUCCCAGACAGCCCCCAUCCUGAGGAGGGAGACAUUGUCACUGGUGUCUACACGGGAGCUUGGUUCUGGAACGAUGACAUAGAGGACCAUGAGGAGGAAGAUGACGAAGACUUCCUUGCUGAGAUGGCAGAGGAGGAGAACGAGCCCCCAGGACUGUGGUCUGCUGCCUAUGGUGUGGGGGAUGUGCCUGGGACUUGGGGUCCUGACGACUCAGAUUUGGCGCAGACUCCAGACGGUUGGGGACUGAACCCAGCCACUGGCCUCGGUAUCCGGGCCGAGGAGGUUGAAGCUAAACAUUUCCUGUCCGGCAGGGAGCCUGGGGAGAACUUCCUGGCGCCCUGGGUAUUUCCCGCUGUGUCUGUCCCCAUCGGACGUCCGGAGACCACUUGCGACGUGUGCGGCAAAGUGUUCCCUCACCGCUCGCGCCUGGCCAAGCACCAGCGUUACCACGCGGCCGUCAAGCCCUUCGGCUGCGAGGAGUGUGGCAAGGGCUUUGUGUACCGUUCGCACCUGGCCAUCCACCAGCGCACUCACACCGGCGAAAAGCCCUUCCCGUGCCCGGACUGCGGCAAGCGCUUCGUCUACAAGUCGCACCUGGUCACGCACCGGCGCAUCCACACGGGCGAGCGGCCCUACCGCUGCGCCUUCUGCGGCGCGGGCUUCGGGCGGCGCUCCUACCUGGUGACCCACCAGCGCACGCACACGGGCGAGCGGCCCUACCCGUGCCUACACUGCGGCCGGAGCUUCAGCCAGAGCUCAGCGCUCGCCCGCCACCAGGCUGUGCACACCGCCGAUCGUCCUCACUGCUGCCCGGACUGCGGCCAGGCCUUUCGCCUGCGCGCCGACUUCCAGAGACACCGGCGCGGCGGCUGCCCGGAACCCGGCGGCGGCGAUGGCGCGGGCACGGCUCCCCACGAGCUGGAGAUGGCAGUCGCGGCUGUAACCACAGCGGAGCCCGAGGAAAUGGAGGCCAGGCCCAAAGAGACGGAAGAUCCCGGCUCUGGUGUGGCAGAUGGAGACGCCGCCGAGGCUGAAGCCAGAGAGGACGAGGAGGUGGUAGCUGCAGCGGCAGAGGCGACUACUGUCCCUGACAGCAAGAAGGACCCUGAGCCAGGCAGGCGGUUCCAUGAGAUGGGCAAUGGCCUGAGUGGGGGUGAAGGGCCUUCCUCGCACCCGCUUGGCUUCCAUUUUCCCAUGCACCCCAAGUCUUGGCUGCAUCCGGACAGUUUCCCCCUACUGGGGUUCCCCGAGUUCUCUGAACGGCUGCAGGCCGAUAGGCGCCACCUCUCUGGCCCCCUGGGCGCCCCGCUGUCCCUGGAGAGCGCGGGGUUGGCUUGUGACCCGUUCCGCAGCGCGGGCUCCGGAGUGGGGCCCGAUGGUGGCCUGCGAGCGUUCGCACCCGCCGUCGGGUCGCUGCUGGCCGAGCCCGCGCCCGCCGCAAUGGCGGAGGAGGAGAGCCCGUGGAUCUGCUCCGACUGCGGCAAGACAUUCGGGCGGCGCGCGGCGCUGGCCAAGCACCAGCGCUACCACGCGGGCGAACGGCCGCACCGCUGCGCCGACUGCGGCAAGAGCUUCGUGUACGGCUCGCACCUGGCGCGCCACCGGCGCACGCACACGGGCGAGCGGCCCUUCCCGUGCCCGGAGUGCGGCGCUCGCUUCGCCCGCGGCUCGCACCUGGCGGCGCACGUGCGCGGCCACACGGGCGAGAAGCCGUUCGUGUGCGGCGUGUGCGGGGCGGGCUUCAGCCGGCGCGCGCAUCUUACGGCGCACGGGCGCGCGCACACGGGCGAGAGACCCUACGCGUGCGGCGAGUGCGGCCGGCGCUUCGGCCAGAGCGCGGCGCUGACCCGGCACCAGUGGGCGCACGCCGAGGAGAAGCCGCACCGCUGCCCCGACUGCGGCAAGGGCUUCGGCCACAGCUCGGACUUCAAGCGGCACCGGCGCACGCACACGGGCGAGAAGCCGUUCCGCUGCGCCGACUGCGGCCGCGGCUUCGCGCAGCGCUCUAACCUCGCCAAGCACCGGCGCGGCCACACCGGCGAGCGGCCCUUCCCCUGCCCCGAGUGCGGUAAGCGUUUCUCUCAGCGAUCCGUGCUCGUGACGCACCAGCGCACGCACACGGGGGAGCGGCCGUACGCGUGCGCCAACUGCGGCCGGCGCUUCUCGCAGAGCUCGCACCUGCUCACGCACAUGAAGACGCACCGCGGUCAGGCGGGCGCGCAGGCGCAGGGCGCCGCCGCCAAGGCGCCGGCACCUACCAAGGUCCCGCCGCCUCCGCCGCCACCGGGCUCCGGGUCCGGAACGCUGCUCGAGUUCGCUGGUGGAACCAGUUUCGGCUCCGAUCCCGCCGCGUUCGCUGGGCCCUCGGGCGCCUACGAGGAGAGCGUCCUGUGAGAUUGGUGGAAGCGCGCGGCGCCUCCCGUUCCUCGAGGCGGGCUGAGGAUUCCCAAUCUUGGGUGCCUCUGGCCCCUACCGCCCCGAGCUUUAGAUCUCGCUUGGGCGAGCACCGGCCACCAUCCUGAUCAAGAGCGCCCCAUCCCUGGAUCUGUGCUGCAGGGAGAGGGGGGGCAAGGUCAGUUUGUUCAUCACGGAUUCCGAUUCAGGUGGCCCACAGAGCCAGCAGCUUAGGAGUCUGGCACCCGGCUUUCUGACAAGCGAGAGGGAGCCCUGUCAUCGGGAGAGAGCGAGAGAGCAUCCGGCUGCUCUGCUCCGAAUUUGAGUUUCUUGGUGGGUUUGGCUUCUUCCCACUCUUCCUAGGAGAUUCAGGGACCGUCUUCCAGAAGUGUGUCCAGAAGUUUUAAGAACAUGGUUUGUGGCAGGCGGGAGCCUCACUAGGCUUCUGAGGGAUGAAGGUGCAAACAGAGAAAGCUUUUGUUGUGUCGACUGUAGGUAUUUAUUUCCAUCUUUUUUAAGACCGGAAGACUGUGGGGAGGAGUUGAAAAAGCAUGAUAACCAAGUUACAGAUGUUGGUAGGGCCCUGGGGAGUUGGAAGCCUUAUUCUUUGAAAAUCCUUACUCCAACCCCUAAACACGGGUCUGUCAGCACUGGCUACAAGGUGGGUUUUGGUAUUGGUAUCCUCUCUAAGCUUGUUGGUUCUCUGGUGGCUACAAGGGGCACACAUGGACAUCUUCGGAGUCUGGUGUGGGCAGACUAGUUCCCUAGCAGCGCCCCCCAGUGGAGCAGGUGACUGCUCCCUAUACUCAGCCUUUCACAGCACUGGGGUAGGUAGGUUCAGGAACCUUACCCCUCUGCUUCUAAUAAGGGCCCUACAUCCUCUGCAAGCCUAACUCUGCUUCUGUAAUCACCCUACACUAGAAGCAGGUAGUGUUUCUGCCACGGGUAGGUCUGUGGACUACAGACGGAUUGGUGACUUGCACAGUGGAAGUCCACAUAAGGGCAUCACGUGGACCCAAGCUCACAGCGCCUUACUAUGCAAGGCCCUUGCACUGUGCAUAGCUAACUCUCCAGCCUGGACUGCUGGCAUCUGAGGUAUGGCUCGCACAAGCUCCUCCCACCCUCCAGGAUUCUGGGCCAGUCUGACUGGGGGAUAAAGAAGUGAUUUUUCAACUGCAUUCCCUUUUAGACCUAGAUCCUUUAUUGUAGUGUAGACACACCCUUGGGGCCCAAGAGCUAACAGGCAGGCUGCUAGGUGCUGGGUGGGUAGUCCAUGGGUGGGAGGAGAGCUGGGGUGGUGAAGGUCAGAACUUAUCUGGCCAGGUGAAGUAGGGUGGGAAGGCAUAGGUCUUGAUUGCUCAGCAGUGGCCUCUCUGUCCCAUUUUCUUUUUUUAAUGUUCCUUCC